GUAUACCGUGAAGGCAAUCGAGCGGCGGAUUGGUUGGCCAACCGCGGAGUUGUUCAAGACUCUCAAUUGGAAUUCAUUCAUAAUGUGUCGGUGGAAUUUAGUUGUAUUUUAGAGGAGGAUAACAGGGGUGUGGCCUUACCACGCUUUGUACCUUCGUAGGUAGUGUUCUUUGUUUUUUUGCUUUUUAUUUUCUGCCUUUUAUUUUUUCAUGGAUUGUAAUCCUCAUUUGAAUAAAAAAUAAAAAAUAAUAAUAAAAAAAAAGUUUCACAAAAAAUGUCUUAAACUUUCUCUUUAUUUUUUUUUUUGAAAUAAACGCUUAAAUCGAAAGACCAACUCACUACCCUCUCUCACACUCCCACCAAAUCGGCGGCGGCGGCGGCGGCAACAUUGUACCGGCUACGGAAGGACCGAGCUCUCCUAUUCCCCGACUUCUCUACAACUCUUCUUCAAAUUUUUAAAGAUUGGAGGUAUUUCAGUAGUUAGGGUAGGAGAAGUGUAUCAAACAUGCCACUCUAUGACUGUGUGCUAUUACUGAAACCUCAAGUGGAGAAUCCUUCCUUGAAGGAAUUGAUUGCUCGGGUCGGGAAACACGUUUAUGCUCGAAAUGGCGUGCUCACCGAGAUUAAGUACUCUGGAACUGUUCAUCUGGGUUAUGGUAUUAAGAAGCUUGAUGGAAGAUACUUUCAGGGACGACUGAUGCAAAUGACCAUGAUGGCAACACCCAAUAUAAACAAGGAGCUUCAUUACUUGAACAAAGAAGAUCGGCUAUUACGAUGGCUCCUUGUGAAGCAUCGAGACACAAAGUUUGGGCUUGACUACUCGGAUAGAGAAGAUUCAAGAAGUGAAUUAAACAAAUUCAGUUUGCCUAGCAUAUAUGAUAAUGCAGAUGGAGAUGAGGAGGAGGAUGAUGAUGAUGAUGAAAAUGAAUAUGAUGAGGAGGCAGAGAAGCAAGAUGGUUAAGGAUCAUUGAUAUUGGAAGUCCCGUGUAAUUUCCUGAUAGUCAAGCUCGUUCUUGCAGCACGUGGGUCAUAAUUCUUAGGUUUUAGGUUAUUGCAGCAGAAUGCAUAUGAACUUAAUAUUGAUGUUUUUUUUUUUUUUUUUGGGUUUCCCUCCUUUUUAGCAAUAAGAGAAUUUACUUCUUAUUCCGAAAUUAUUGUCAGAACUCAUACAUCAUGAACUAAAAGGUUUUUGUUGGGCUCUUGGAAUGCCCUCAAUAUUAA